GUUCGCUACUCUUAUAUGCGGAUGAAAUAUCUCUUCUUCUCUUGGCUAGGAGUAUUUAUUGGCAGCUGGAUUAUUUAUGUUCAGUACUCAUCUUACACAGAACUUUGCAGAGGGCAUGACUGUAAGAAAACAAUAUGUGAUAAAUACAAGAGUGGGGUUAUUGAUGGAUCAGCAUGUAGCAGCCUGUGUACAAGACAAACACUUUAUUUCAGAAAAUGUUUGUCAACCCAACCCAACAAUCAGAUGUAUUUAGGAGAAUGGGGUAAUUUGCAAGGAGUUAUAAAAUGCCAGAUGGAAGAAAUUGCUCAUAUUGAUCUUAGACCUGAACUAGAACCAAGGAAAGAAACAACUCUGUUUGAUAAACCAACUAGAGGAACUACUGUUCAAAAAUUCAAAGAGAUGGUCUAUGGGCUUUUUAAAGCAAAACUGGGAGAACAAGGAAAUCUUCCUGAAUUGGUUAAUCUCAUAUUGACUGUGGCUGAUGGGAAUAAAGAUGGUCGUGUUUCCUUGCCAGAAGCAAAGUCAGCAUGGGCACUUCUCCAGUUAAAUGAAUUCCUGCUCAUGGUAAUUCUCCAAGAUAAAGAACACACUCCCAAAUUGUUGGGGUUUUGCGGAGAUCUUUAUGUGAUGCAAGUUGAAUAUACCUCUCUUUUUGGAAUAAUCCUUCCGUGGAUUUUAGCUUUCAUUCCUUUUGGUUUCAGAAGGAACAUGGAUCAAUGGUUUACUCCGUUGUGGCCGAGAAAGGCAAAAAUAGCUAUAGGGCUUCUAGAAUUUGUGGAAGACAUUUUCCAUGGACCGUAUGGAAAUUUUCUCAUGUGUGAUAUGAGUGCCAAAAACCUGGGCUAUAAUGAUAAAUAUGACUUAAAAAUGUUGGAUAUGAGAAAAAUAGUGCCAGAAAUGAAUUUAAAAGAACUUAUUAAAGAUCGUCACUGCGAGUCUGACCUGGAUUGCGUAUAUGGCUCCGACUGUAGAACUGUAUGUGACCAAAGUAAAAUGAAAUGUACUACAGAAAUACAGCCAAAUUUAGCAAAGGUGUGCCAUUUGCUUAAAGACUAUCUGCUUCUCGGGGCUCCUUUAGAAAUACAUGAAGAAUUAGAGAAACAAUUGUACUCUUGCAUUGCCCUGAAAGUUUCAGCCAAUCAGAUGGAAAUGGAACAUUCUUUAAUACUCAAUAACUUGAAAACUCUAUUGUGGAAGAAAAUAUCUCAUACAGAUGAUUCUUAGGUGCUUUGUCUCAGAAGAAGAUACAGUUGCUGCUGUAGGAGCUGACCACUUUUUAUGAAACAUACUUUAUAGUUUUUGAAACAUUUGUUGUCCUCAUCUUUUAUCAGUUCUCUUUCAGACAUGUUGUCCCCAAUCGAAGAGUUAUAUGUGUACUUUAAAUGUAUGCCUGUCAGACUACUG